AUGGCACGGUUGUCAGGUCUUCAGCGGGAGGUUCUAUCUCUUUAUCGGAAAUGUUUGAGAGAAAUCCGAAAGAAGCCUGUUGAAACCCGACAGAAUUUCAAAAUAUACGCCAGAACCGAGUUUCAGAAGCACAUGAAAAUCAGCAAAAAAGACUUCAAUGCGAUUGAAUAUCUGCUACGCAAAGGGCACCGACAGGUCGAGAUGUAUUCUUCACCGGGCAUACGCAACAUCCGCUAA